AUGACCAUGACCAUGGCCAUGCCUUCCUCGGAGGCGGCGUCGUCUCCUUCCAAGAGAGGCCUCCGAGGGCCGCGGCCGCAGCCGCUGAAGGUGUCGUCGUCGUCGAGGGGCUCGUCGCCGACGUCCAGGCCGAACAACUCCAAGAAGGCUGGCGCUGCCGCGCCGGUGAUCGUGUACGAGCACACGCCGAAGGUCGUCCACGCCAGGCCUCAGGAGUUCAUGACCGUCGUGCAGCGGCUGACCGGCAAGCCGCGCGCGCCGGCGAACGGGCCUACGACGUCCUCCAUGCCGUACGCGCCGAACUUCUCGCCGGCGGUCGAGGAGAGCGGCGACCCUUUGCUGCUCACGCUCGGGCAGCGUCAGGCCGGCCCGGUGCUGACGUCUCCCAUGGCGGCCGGGCUGCUCAUGUCCCCGGGCUUCAUCUUCUCCCCCAACACCAUGCAGUCCAUCCAGGAGCUCAGCCCCUUGUUUUAA